GCAGCAUUGCACCAGCCGUCUCCGUUUCUUUCGCCGUUUUGUAGAAAAUGGCGUUGCUUACUCCUCUUUUUGCUUUUCUCUAUCACUUACCACAGGUGUACAAAUGGUUGCUGAGACCAUACUAUAUUGCAUCUUUGUUUAUGUCUGUUGCUUUUUUGCUCGUUCGCAAGACCCCAGGAAUUUGCGAACGUCUCUCGACGCAACGAGAGGAUGGCAACUCUUGUGAUUUCGACUGGAGAGAGGUUGAAAUACUGAUGUUUCUGAGUGCAAUCGUUAUGAUGAAGAACAGAAGAGCGAUAACUGUGGAGCAACACGUUGGGAACAUCAUCCUUUUCAGCAAAGUGGCCAACGUCAUUCUGUUCUUCAGGCUGGACGUCCGCAUGGGCCUGCUUUACCUGACUCUGUGUAUCGUGUUUCUCAUGACAUGUAAACCCCCUCUCUACAUGGGCCCGGAAUACAUCAAAUACUUUAGCGACAAGACCAUAGACGACGAGUUGGAGAGAGAUGGCCGUGUUGCAUGGCUGGUGGAGUUCUUUGCUAACUGGUCGCCAGAGUGCCAGUCCUUUGCCUCGGUUUAUGCCGACCUGUCCCUAAAGUACAACUGUGCCGGACUGAAAUUUGGAAAGGUGGACAUUGGUCGCUAUGGAGAAGUGUCCACUCUCUCUCUCUCUCUCUUUCUCAGGUACAAAGUAAGCACAUCUCCUCUAUCCAAGCAGCUGCCCUCUGUAGUGCUCUUUCAAGGGGGUAAGGAGGUUAUGCGGCGCCCUCAGGUGGACAAAAAGGGAAGGGCAGUGUCCUGGAGCUUCACUGAGGAAAACAUCAUCAGGGAGUUUAACCUCAAUGAACUUUACCAGAAGUCGAAGAAGCUGAACAAGAACAAGGAGGAGAAGACUGAAAAGGCCAGCGAGUCGCAGUUCCCGCCUGUGCCGGAGGAGGAGGAGCCAGAACCCGAGACCAAGGCGGAGACAGAAUCCAAGAAAGACAAAUAGGGAUGGACUUGUGGGGCAGCAUUGUGACAUCACAAUGGGACUGGUUGAUCUUAUGCGAAUAUUCAAACUGCUGUAGAGUGAAUGAGAAUGUGAACGGGGGAAACAAACAGUUCAGUUAUAUCCAACUGGAUCUUUUAAUAUAAAUUUAACUUAAAUCGAAAUGUACACGUGUAAUGCAGCCUUCUGAGUAUUUCCCAUCAUUCGAAAGUCCAUUUUUCCCCUUCGACGAGUGAAAUGGUUACUGCCUGCAACGUUGUUAAAUCAAACAAAACGAGACAUUUCACGCUUCCUACCUCUAACAUGGCUAACAAGGUGUGAAAUGUUGUUUUUUUUUUUCUUUUGGUACACCGUUUCUUUUAUGCUAAAAUACACAGCUAAUUGGAACACUUUUCUAUGAUUUGUUAACGGUCGUUUAUUCUUUUCUGUGUUUGCUCUAGUCAGUCUGUUUUUGUAUUUAAUCAUAUGACUGUCAGCUAAUAUUAUUAGUACUAAAAUGACGAUUUUGGUUUUAAAAAAGAAAAAAAAACAAAAAACCAAAAUGGACGCACACUACACUCCAGAGGAUAUAGUCUUAACCACUUCAUGUGAGCAUUUUGUCAGUGAAAAUUAGUGAUGCAACUGUGAUUGGCCAGUGUAUUUGUAAAAGACCAAUUAGGAUCUGUGCUAGUUUGGAUAAUGGUAUAAAUCAGUCUUUCAGAGGACAUUGCAGACUUAAUUUCAGUCUAGUAUUUUUGUUCACUUAUCCAAAAUCGGCAACAGCAAGAGUAAGAGAUUGUUGACUAGAAACACUUAUUAUUGCUAAACGCGUACUAUUUAACAUGCAAACAUAUCACUGUUAACAAGGUGGUCUUUUGGUUAAAUGUAACAUUCCUCUGAGUUUGAGUGUUGGUAGUACAGUGCUGCCACCAUGUGGACAGAGGUGAUGUAACAGUUAUGUCAAAUCCAUUGCUCUCUGUGUUGGAAAUGUCACACUCCUGCUGGUUUCAACCGUUGGUCCUGCCUUUACACUCACACAUUCCUUUUUGUAUUGUCCACAUUCGAGCAACACUGUGAGGUCUUCACCUCUCCUCCCUGUUCCUUUUUAAAUCACUGCUGAAUUUGAAUUUUUAUCAAAACGUCCUCCAUUCCUAUGUUACUGUUAUGAACAAUUUUUUUUUAAGAGCUUAGCUUGUGUUAGUCAGUAUGGAUGUAACCCAGCAAGUGUCAUAAAGCAAUGGCAUACAGAACACUCAUUCUCUCUCUCUCUC